AUGGCUGACGCAGGACGCGGACGUGGCGGAUUCGGACGUGGACGUGGUGACAGAGGCCGUGGACGGCGAGGCCCACGUCGUGGCGGUCGUAAAGACGAAGAGAAGGAGUGGGUCCCAGUUACCAAGCUUGGUCGUCUCGUUAAAGACGGCAAGAUCAAGUCCAUGGAGGAGAUCUACCUCUUCUCACUUCCGGUCAAGGAGUUUCAGAUAGUCGACUUCUUCCUGCCCAAGCUCAAAGAUGAGGUCAUGAAGAUCAUGCCCGUCCAGAAGCAGACCCGUGCGGGUCAGCGCACACGCUUUAAGGCGUUCGUCGCGAUUGGUGACUUUGAGGGUCAUGUCGGUCUUGGAGUCAAGUGCGCAAAGGAAGUCGCUACUGCCAUUCGUGGCGCUAUCAUCCUCGCGAAGCUGUCCGUCAUUCCCGUUCGACGAGGGUACUGGGGUGCUGCGCUCGGUGCGCCUCACACUGUGCCUUCGAAGGUUAGCGGGAAGGUUGGUUCCGUCAUGUGCCGUCUCAUCCCCGCACCAAGAGGUACUGGUCUCGUCGCCGCGCCAGCCUCAAAACGAUUGCUGCAGCUGGCUGGUGUCGAGGACUGCUACACACAGUCAAAGGGUUCAACAGCAACCAUGGGUAACUUCUUGAAGGCGACCUUCGCUGCAAUCACCAAAACAUAUUCUUUCCUCACUCCCGACCUUUGGCGCGAGAUCCCAGUAUCGAAGUACCCAUACGACGAACACAGUGCGCACCUCCAGCUUGCUGCAGGCAAGAAGGCGUACUAG